UAUUAUCGAGCACACCAACCAAGUAGGCGUCCUCACUCCACAGCUCCAGUCGGAUGUCACGCCUCUUAGCAUGUUGUGAUAGAAAUCCAUUGUCGUCGCAACCAAAAUGGUGCAGCAAUAGCAUGACACACAUUUUUGAGGAUGGCAGAUAGAAAGGGAAAACCUGUCACUCCAAUCAAAACACUCACAAAGAAAGAACAAGAAGAACUCAAGAAAAAGGAGGAAGAAAAAGCAGCGGAGGUUUUUGAAGAAUUCUUGGCAUCAUUUGAGACCAGUGAGAAAAGCAGAGUGAAAACAUUUGUCCGUGGUGGUAUCGUAAAUGCAACUAAAGAGGAGGAAGCAGCAGAGGUCAAGAAAAGUAAGCUGUAUCGACCAGCUACGAAGUUUGUCCCUGUGUCCCAAAAUGUUUUACCAGCAUCAUCUGCUGAAAGCAAAAAGUCUAUAUUUAAAAGAAAGACAGAAGAAAAGAAGAAGAGUAAUCUUGAGCUCUUUAAAGAAGAACUUAAGCUAAUACAAGAAGAACGCGAGGAAAGACAUAAAAGGAAGAAAAAUGACCCCGGCGGGGGAGGAGGAGGGGGAGGAGGAGGGUAUGGGGAUCUGGACAUACCAUUAUCAGGGCGAUCAACAUUAUAUGAUGACCUAACAGUGCCAACGACCACUAACCUCUACAUCAGCUGCAUUAGCCCAAAGAUGAAUGAGGAGAUGCUCUGUAAAGAGUUUGGUAAGUAUGGUCCCCUGGCCAGUGUGAAGAUCAUGUGGCCCCGGACUGAUGAGGAACGAUGCAGGACCUCCAACAGAGCCUUUGUGGCUUUCAUGACACGGAAAGAUGCAGAGAGGGCCUUGGCUGCACUUGAUGGUAAAGUGAUUAUGGGCUUUGAAAUGAAGCUGGGAUGGGGCAAACCAGCUCGCAUUCCACCUCAGCCUCUCUACACACCGGUGGGGGUGAGGGCCACACCGCCACCUCCGUCUGGUCUGCCUUUCAAUGCUCAGCCAAGGGGUCGCUUCCGCAAUGACUUCACCAAGCCGCUGGGCAUGUCUAAAGGGGAACUCGACAAGACUCUGUCCGAAGCCGUAGUCAAAGUGGUUAUCCCAACCGAAAGGAAUCUAUUAUUCCUUAUUCACAGGAUGAUAGAGUUUGUGGUGCGUGAAGGUCCUGUAUUUGAAGCCAUAAUUAUGAACAAGGAGAAAAACAACCCAGAAUACAGGUUCCUUUUUGACAACAAAAGCCAAGAUCAUGUGUACUAUCGCUGGAAACUGUUCUCAAUCCUCCAGGGAGAGUCCCCAACAGAGUGGAGAACCACAGAUUUCCGUAUGUUUCGCGGAGGGUCCUUAUGGAGACCACCUGUCCUAAACAACUACUCGCAGAAGGGUGAGGAGAGGGCAGAAGUGGAGGAGGACGCUUCCCCCGAGGAGGAGGUGAAGAAAGGGCAGCUCAGAAAUGAGCACAGACAGAGACUGGAAACGUUGCUUAAAGAGCUCACGCCAAGCAGAGGAGACAUUGCCAAUGCCAUGCUGUUCUGUCUGGAGCGAGCAGAUGCAGCAGAGGAAGUAGUGGGACACAUCACUGAAUCUUUUUCUUUGCUUCAGACGCCCCUUCAGAAGAAGGUUGCCAGAUUGUAUCUAGUGUCAGACAUCUUGCACAACUCAUGUGCCAAAGUAGCUGGUGCAUCAUAUUAUCGUAAAUAUUUUGAAACAAAGCUAACGCAGAUAUUUGGAGACCUUAAUGCAGCACACAAAAACAUACAAGCCAGGCUGCAGGCUGAGCAGUUUAAGCAAAAGGUCAUGAGUUGUUUCAGAGCAUGGGAAGACUGGGCCAUAUACCCACAGCCUUAUCUAAUCCACCUUCAAAACAUCUUUCUGGGCUUUGCCAAAGCAGGGGAAGAGUUGGCAGAGACAGCAGAGGAAGUACCCUUAGAUCUGGAUGGUGCACCAAUGGACAGCACACCUAUAGAUGGGUUACCUUUGGACAGAGCUCCUGUGGAUGACCUGGACGGCUGCCCCAUGGGUUGGGACCCUCUAGAUGGAGUCCCUGUUGAUGACAUAGACGGUGUUCCUUUAGGAGUCGCCAUUGAUGACAUUGAUGGAAUGCCCUUGGAUGACAGCAAUGCUCCUCUCUCCAGAGUGCCUUUGUCAAAGUGGGAGAAGACAAGUGAUACGGGGACAUUUUCUCAAGCAAAGGCUGAGUCGAAGUGGGACAUUGUGGUGGAGCAGGACAGUGAAGAUGAAGUGAAUGUAAGUGUCAACUCCCAGGAUGGAGAUGAGGACUCAGAGUGUGACAGCAGUGAUGACUCCUGCAGUUCAUCCAAAUAUGACAGUGCAGACUUCCAGAGCUCCCUCAGAAGUUUUCAGAUGUCUGAGAGCAAAAGGAAGAGGUUGAGAGAGUUGGAGGUAAAAGUUAUGAAGAUCCAAGAUGAGCUGGAAUCCGGCAAGAGGCCGAGAAAGUCUGGAAUGAGCAUACAACAACAAGUGGAGCACUACAGAAACAAACUGCUACAGAAGGAGUUUCAAAAAGAUGAAGAGAAGAAUGAGAGAUCUACAUCAAAGUCCAAAGAUAGGUCGAAGGAAGACAGAAGGGACAAAGAAAGGAGCAAAAGAAGUGAAGAUGGGGACAGAAAACAGGGACGGAGUAGAGAUCCCGAUGACCAGACUCGAAAAUCGAGGAGCAUCUCUCCUUUAAGGACAAGGUCUCCCAAAUGGUCCAAACGUUCCCGAUCACCAUCCCCAGACCGGAAGGCAAGAAAGUCCAGGUCACGGUCACCGCACCGCUCCCACAAGAAGACAAAGAAGAGCAAACAUUGACUCUCAACUCUGGACCUUGUCAUCCAUUAGCUUGCUGGUGUCCAUGGGUUAGACAGUGCACUCCUGCAGUGCUCUUUAAACAGACUGAUGUCUGCUCUCUUGGUCCCAACUUUAACUAGCCAUGCAAGAUUCAGCACUCUUUUGUAUGAUGAAGUUUGAACACUGUAACUAAUUAAAUAUAUUUUUGUUUUAAUGUUUGUUUUUAAAAUUAUAACCAGAAAUGUUGCUGCAAAGUUCUGACACUAAAUAAAUCCCUGUUGGUGAUGAA